AUGAGCUGCUCCGUACGAUCGGAUAUUGAUGCGUACGAAACUCCCCGAAACAUACCCGAAUGGACAUCGAUUGAGGAGCCAAAACCGGAAGAAUCUAUGGAGCCACGAGGACCGAUCGACUCUGAACGUGAGCAGUUACUAAACCCUCCAUCUCCAGCGGCCGAAUCAUUCUCGGAAUGGAAAGAACCAACAACAUUUAGUCAAAGCGAUAAACCUCCCAAAUUGACGGAAGUUUCGGGAAUUCUCAAAGUGGCCAUCAAUUCGGUGACGUCUCAUACUAAACAAUUCAUUUUGGAUAUUGAGCAUUUGAAUGAGAAGGCCUUCAAGACAAUGGCCGAUUAUUUAAAACAGCAACCAGCAAUCAUGAAACGUCAUAAUUCAGCCAUGGAUUUGGCUUUCGGCCUUGUAGGCAUCACAACAAAAUCGGUUCGCACAAUCAACAAUUAUCUGGAUUUACUCAGUCGUCUUGUCGCAAAACCAACAUCUACUCACUCAUUCUUUAAGAAUCAAACAAAGAAAAACGAAACCGGCUCCGCCGCGUCUGACCGAAGAGCUCAUCGUGCCACCAGAUCUGGCGAUGAUAAAUCCAUGCCAAAUGCAUUGUUUUGA